AUGUCUGAGGCGUCCACUGGACCCAGAUCGGAAAAUCCUCUUCUCACUAUGUGCGACAUUCCUGCUGAGAAAGAAUCUGACGUCAAACCUAUCACCAUUUCCAAUUCUCCUGCCGUGACGAGUCUCGAUCUUGAAGCCAAAGCCAUGUCCGCCUCAUCCUCUCAUGAGGUCCAUGAGCCUAGAAACGCUAUCGUGUCCGAUAAUUCCUCUCCGGGUAGCUCUGAUAGCUCCGACUCAUCAUCUGAGAGUGGAUAUGACGCCUCCAUGAAUGGCUCCAGCUCAUCUUCGCCCAAUAGCUUAUCCCCUGACAGCCUGAACAAGACCUCUCCAGAGAACAACGUCUUGAAAACAAGCGAUUUGCUUGACGAUUACUCCGAGAAAAGCCCGAGCUGUAGGCACCGCGCUGUCUGGGAAACAUCUUCUCAGUCUGAUUCCGACGCCGAAACUGUUAUUUUGUGCAACUCUGCCGCCAACCAUGACCUUGACACAAUCUCCACCGACAACUCCGGCAUCGAAGAACCCUGCGCUUUGUCUGGCGAUUGCACUCAAGGGAAUCCUGACGCUGAACGCCGUGAUACCGCGGAUUCUGCCAGUGACGAUGGCUCUGACUCGCCCUCUCAAGAUCCCUCUGACACGUUCUCCCCAGUCGGCCCCCGAUCUCUCUCGCCUGCUAGCUCUAGAUCAUCACAAGCCCCCCUUGACAUCGAUGAUGAUGAGCCAAACGUCUCCAAAGGCUCCCACAACAUUUGUGCCUACGCUUCUCCUGUUCAAGAUGGCCGUCGCAUCAGGACCAGCUGCGAUAGAAAUGAUGACACUGGCAUCUGGCAUGUUGAACCGGAUGGAUUUAUCAACGAAACUAAACGGGCUGGAGGCCCAUACCUUUGCGCUUUCCCAGUCCAAAUGCGAAAAUUGAAACCCAACGACCCUCUGAACGACAUCUUUGAGGAUUGUGUUCUCUUCCGAAAAAUCUUUUCAACCCUUGCUGAACACAAUGUCUACCCACUCUCUAUGAAGCUUAGAGAAUGCCAGCACACAGAGGAUCUUUUCAAUUUUAUGCCUACUUUAAUCUUCUCUGCCAUCCGUAACACCUUCGAUGACUCUUGGAUCUUGGCAUGUCGCCAGAUCUGGAAACACUUUUCCGAUGCCGGUCUUGGACAAGUCAAUAUCGAAGUAUCAGACCCGGGCGCGUACACAUUUUUCUUCCGGGCACCUAAGAAAUCCGAUCCGAUUUGGCCAGUCCAUGGGGAAUUACAACGCAGAAUCAUGGCCGCGAUUGACAGUACAGAUAUGACCCUGCUUACGGCAGGGCCAGUGGGAAUGAACCAGGAUGAGGAGAACCUAUUGCAGGCUGUGGUGAUGUGCGUAAAAUAUCGGAGCAAUCGAGACUGGCGCAAUACGAGGGACCUGAUUGUGCACGUUCUGGAUGAGUUCAAUCUUCCUAUGGUAGGGGUCAUCAUCAUGAAGGGCGAAAACCGGAGAGGGUGA